AGUGCUGGGCCGGCCUCGGGCGCGCUGAGAGCGUCUCGGGGGAGGAGGGCAGGGCGGCCGGGCCCCUCCCACUCCGCCUGGUCUCGCGUGUCCUGCCUCCGGCGCGGCAGUGGGCGCCAGGCCACCUGCGAGUGUGCGCAGGGACUGUGGGCGCCGACGGCGGUGCGCGAGGACCGAGGCUGACGGGCCGGCGCCAUGCGCGCCCUCCCGGGGUUCCGGGCGCCGCCGCCGCUGCUCCUCCUGGGCCUCCUCGCCGCGGCGCGCCCGGGCUUGGCGGACAGCCACCCCCCAGCUUCAUCUUUUACAAGUCUACCCAUCCGAGAAGAAAUGAUGGCAAAAUAUUUUAACCUGUCCUUGGAGAGUCAUGACAUAUCACUGACUGAACAUUCCAAUGUGCCAGUAGAAAAAAACAUCACUUUAGAAAGACCUUCUAAUAUAGAACUCAAAUGCCAAUUCACAACAUCAGGGGAUUUGAAUUCAGUAAAUGUGACUUGGAAAAAAGGUGAUGAACUACUAGAGAAUAAUUACUUCAUCAAUGCAACAGGAGGCAUCCUAUAUACCCAGUACAUGUUCACCAUCAUUAACAGCAAACAAAUGGGAAGUUAUUCUUGUAUCUUUGAAGAGGAAAAGGAACGGAGGGGCACAUUUAAUUUCAAAGUCCCUGAACUUCAUGGGAAAAACAAACCAUUGAUCACUUAUGUGGGUGAUACCACUGUCCUGCUGUGUAAAUGUCAAGAUUGUUUUCCUUUAAAUUGGACCUGGUACAGUAGUAAUGGGAGUGUACAGGUUCCUGUUGGUGAUCAAAUGCAUGAUAGGUAUGUGAUCAGUGGAACAAACGCUAAUGAAACAAGGCUCAAGAUAAUGCAACUUUCAGAGGAAGAUCAGGGAUCUUACUGGUGCCAUGCGAUAUUCCAAUUAGGGGAGAGUGAAGAACACAUUCAACUCGUCGUGCUGAGUUAUUUGGUGCCCCUCAAAGUAUUUCUUGCAAUAGCUGCUGAGGUUGUUCUUUUAGUGGCUAUUAUUCUGCUUUGUGAAGUGUACACCAAAAAGAAAGAGAAACACCAAGAUGAAGGGAAAGAAUUUGAGCAAAUUGAACAGCUGAAGUCAGAUGAUAGCAAUGGUGUAGAAAAUAAUGCCCCCAGGCACAGAAAAAAUGAAUCUGUGAGCCCGUGAAUGAGAAGCAUCAUGUCAAGAAUCAUAGCCAGAUGUGCAGAGAGAUACUGACUGGGUUGAAGACAGUGAUGUGAAAUCUGCUGGGUGGCCUUGGUGCUGUUGGGCCCAGUGUCCCAUGAUUCACAGCGCUGCAGGUUCAGAACAGUCAGAACCAAGGAAUUUGGAUGGUGGCAAGGAACCUACAAUUCUUUGUGUCUAGGAGAUUAAAGCUUUGAAAAAAGGAGCCCAUGAUUUGAAAAAAAUACAGAAGUUUACACUAUACUGGCUGAGAAAAUUAUAAUAAAAUUCUGGUGGUGAGAAUUAUAAUUUAUAUAUGGUGUCUUAUUGAAUGUUAAAAACAUUACUAGUGUGAAUAAUAUACAUGGAGUAGUGAGUUGGAAGCUGCUCAUUAUUUUGUUGCAGCAGUAUUUUGUGUAAACCUGUUAACUAUGUACACAGGUUUUGUUGAACUAGAAUACACUUGACUUUAUUUUACUCUUCUUCUCAGUGCCACAAGCCACGUACUUGUUUCAGUUUAAUUCAUUAUUUAUUUGAUACAAAUUACCUUGGGUUAUAUCUAUAUAAUGACAGACAACCUGUCAGUUUACUUGAUUAAUCUAAACAAUUAGACUUCUGUGAAAAAUUAGACCUACUAUUUAAUUAAGUCUAAUUCAAAACAGUGUAUUUGUACUUGGAUAUAUACAAAACAAAACACAAUUUGUAGCUCAUAUGCAAUAUGCAUCAUAUGCUAUUUAGGUUAAAGUACUUUUCAAACAAGAAAAAUUGCUAUCCCAAGGUGAAAUAAUUUAAAAUAUUCCUAUGGUAAAUUGAACUUUUAGUGUUAAUAUGAUAUUUUUCCUAGCAAAGACAAUUUAUUUUAGUAAAUUUAAGCAGAAAAGGUGUUCAGAAAAUUAAAGUUGAAUUUUGGCUUCUCAGAGUCUCUCUGGAGGACUUCAGGAAAAUUACUUCACUAUGUAGUUAAUGGAAAUGUUCCAUUUUUAAUCUAACCCCAUGUUGAAGAUAAAUGGAUUAACUCAUAAUGACCAAUUAUAAAUUGACUGGAAAUAACUAAGCAAGCAGAAAAGCUGAAGUAGGAAAACAACUCCAAGUUUAUAUAUUAGACACCUUGGGACAUUCUAUUAAUCCUUCCAGCUAACAGGGUUUUGUGGCAUAAGAAGAUGUAAUGAUGUCUUAGAGUUCCCUGGAUACUUCCAUAUUCAGUUUAUGCUCUCAUGUAAAUCUCCCUUUCUAGUCUUUCUCUUUUUUCUCAGCAUCUAGUUACUCAGGCCCAAACCUAGAACUCAUGGUGAUGUUUCUUCUCCUCCUCUAUUAAUUAAUACUUACUAGACAUGAAUCUACGUCCCUUUGGUCUUUUUAACAGCUCUUUAAUCCACGCAUUGCCUUCCCCACUCCACCAUCUCCAGCUGCAGCAGCUAAGAUCUUGAUUUUCCCACCUCAAUCUCAUCUUCUGUUAAUCUCUUUUUUUUGCUUUGGUGCUGAGUCAUAUUUUUAGAACACAAAUCUCACUAAGUCAGUGUGGCAGCUUCCAUGGCAAACCUAUGUAGGCUCAGUUUUGCAUUUCUUAAUACUGCCAUUUUCCAAAUUGCUAAUCUCUCUCCAAUGUCCUGAUGUGUAGCUAUCCUUGACAUACAGAGAUUCUGCACAGAAUGCUUUGACCCUCUGCUCCUCCCUCUUGAGUAAUUUGAGUUUACUUUUAAGACUUUAAUUUGAUGAUACUUUCUGGAGGAGCCCUCAUACCCAGUGGGUUGUGUACUAUCUUAUGUGCUCAAAUAACUUCACAUUUCUUGUAUUUAUUACCCUAUGUUAUACAUAUGCAUUUAUUUGUCUCCUUCCUGGAAUCUAUGUUCCAUACCUACAAUAGAGAGGGUACAUUACAGAUGUCAUGGAAUGUGUGUUGAAUGGAUAAAUGCCUAAGUAAAAAUCAACCAAAUUUAUAAACUUGUAUUCAUUUUUAGAAAAGAAUUCUAAAUUGUAAUAUCAGAAUUGAAACAGUAUCUUUUAGCAGAGGUAAGCAAGCUUUUAUAGCUUCCAUGUUUGCCUCUAUUAUUUUGAAAAUCAUAGUGCAAAAGUCCUUUCUGAUUUUAAUAACAUAUUAAUUAAUCUAGAGAGCAAGGUUCUAAUUCUUAACUAUUAUCAGGGCAUCUUAUCUUCAACUUACUUAAAUUCCUAUCGCCCUUUAUUUUUCAUGGACAAUACAAAUGUUAACCUUAUUUUUGUCCUUCAUUUUAAUAAGGUAGUGUGUUGUCUUCAAAUAUAAAGAGUUUUGGCCAUUGUAGUUACUUGGUGCUACUAUAGCAAGUGUUCAUAUUCAUGCACACUCCAUUAAAUUUCUCAUUCCUCCUCUCUGCUGAUACCUUAUAGUACUUUAUGAUGGCUCAGAGUCCAAUUCAAAAUUUUAUCUUAAAUGAAACAUUUUUCUAGAAAGCUUUUAUUGCUUAGUUUUGAUCACUGAAACUUUUGUCUUUUAUCAAAUUCAUCAAAAGAAAAAAAUAUCAGUUCUGCUCACUUAUUCCCUGGGUCUUCAUCUUUGAGGCAUUUAAAUAGAUUUAUGCAAAAUGAUGUACUGAAUAUCUACUAUACUUUGUAGAAAAGUAAUCUUUUCUAGUUGAACAAGGCUAAAUAAUAAAUUAGAAAGUUACUCCCUGUAGCAUUACUCAUCUUUAGGUGGGAGUAAGUUCAAGUAUGUGUUCUAGUAGUAAUUAAAAAGGCACAGUGAUCUACUUAUAGCAUGCUCUGAAUAGUAUUUUUUGGAAGAAUGAAAAAUAGAUGAAUGACUUAAUUAUUUUGAAAUCUUAAAUUAUAUGUAUUUACAUAAUGUCUACUUUGAUUAACUGAAUUUAUUCUACUCUAGUAGAGAUAAAAAGAAAACUGGAACUAUGUGCGUUUCCUUCAUGUGACAUUUAGGAAUGUAUUUGUACUGAAUCUAGGUCAAUUACAUGCUCAGUUUAUCAAUUCUUUCCUUUUUGAGGGUAUAUAAUAUUAUUAAAUAAUAAUAAUUGACAUUUGCAUCUUAGCAUGUGACAGUAGCUAUGCUAAAUGCUUUAAAAUGUGUUGUCUCAGUUAAUUCUCACAUCAUCUUAUGCUAUAGGAACUACUAUCCUCUACUUUUUUUAUAGAUGAGGAAACUGAAUUUGGAGAGAUUAAGUGUUUGGAGCUGGGAUUGAAAUCCAGGAAGUCUCCCUCAAGAGCCCAGAUUUAAAACCACACUGAACAGCUUUUGGCCUGCUACUUACAUGCUUAUUAGAAAAGGAGACUAUUUUCUAUCAACUAUCUUUAAAAAAAAUUCACUCUUUUAGAUGGUCAAAUAAUAAGUUCCAUAAUCUUGUCCUUAGGGUUGAGAGGACCUAUGCUUUGGCAUACCUGUGUCCCUGUGUCCUUGCUAGGGUGGUGCUGGAGAACCAACACACUUUGGUUUGUCUGAGGAGUCUGUUUUUUUCCCCUAAUUUUACUUCACAAUAGGAUGAUGAAUUUUAUGGUCACACUAGCUGACACUGAGAAUGAAAGAAGGUGCUAUUUAUUCACCCCAACAACAAAUAGAAAAUGGACCUUCUGGUCACAUUUUUAACCUGCAGAAGGAGCUAAAUACUGUGUGGGUGUUGUAGCCUAGACGCCCCAGAAACAUUAGCAGGUUUGAAUGAUAAACAGAAAUUCACAUUCAGGAAAGGAACUAUCUUUAGCCAAUGCUAGGUGUGUCCCACUAGAGAGCAGUGCUUAAAUGGGACAACUUGGCAAGUUAAAGCUGGGAAAGGCAUAUUUUUGAUGGCCUGUGAAACAAACUGGACAAUUCUUUGGACUUAUCAUCACGAUUAAUGAAUCAGAGUAAUAUGUGUGUGAUUCUUAAUUAAUCAGCAAUGCCUUUACAAUAAUUAUACCUUUACAAUUAAAUCUACUUAUGAAAUCAGUGAAGAUCACUCAUGAGUGACAUUGUCAAAAUUACUUUAAAUCAUGUUUAACCUGUAAUGUCUAUUUUCUUACUCUAUUUCCAAAAUGGGGAAAUGCUAAGGAAAAAUUUUGGGGGGUAUUGUUUAAAAUCUGUAUGUUAAUUUGGUGUGUUAUCUCUUAUGUUUAAGAGCUUUUGUUCAUGAAAAUUGAUUUUUCUAUGUAAUGUGUAAUUUAUUUCAGAAAAUAGCAUAAAUUCUUAUUUUUCUAAAGUUUAUUUGAUAAACAUUAAAAUAUUAGACUCAUUACAUAUGUAAUUAACUAUAAUGCUGUUUAAUGCUAUAAUAAUAUCACAAAAUAUAUUAUUGCUUUUGUAUCUCUUAAGAUAGAAAUUUGACCAUAAACUUUGAUUUCUUGUUUUAAAUCAAGAACCAUGGAUUUAUUAUGUCAUAUUUUCUAAUAAUUAUAAUUUUUUAGCAUUAUGUCUAUAUUAUUUUUAAUGUUUUUCUGUAUUAUAUAAAUAUCACAGAAAAUAUCUGUAUUGGAAUGUUUUAACAAACAUUUUAUUGCAUAUAACUCAAAGGAUAUAUCUAAUAUACAAUUAACUUCAAUAAAGUAUACCCUGAAUUAAAAAUUUAAGUAUUAGAAGAUAUACUUUCAAUUCAAAAAUUUUAAUAAUGGUUUUAAAGUGAAUUUAGAGGCACUAGGUAACAGAAACACCAUUUUUUUUUUUUUGGUUAUACUCAUAGGAAAUCCAGGUUUUGUAAAACAAUUCAUCUUUCUCAAGCCCAGCAAAAAAAUGUGCUUCCAGCUGGGAUUCUGUAUUUUGACACAUCAAAUAAGUUAGAGAGGAAUUUUUAAAACAUACCAAAAUAUUUCUGGAAAAUUUGAAAGACAAUUGGCCUUGAUAUAAAUGGGCUUUUAAAAUGAAAGUAAUGUAUAGAACAUAUUUACUUCUUGUCCGGGGUGAAUUUGUUUUCAACCUUGCAGUGUCAUUUUAAAAUUAUUCAGCAAAAAAUGGUUACAAAGUAUUUCAAAAUUUGCAUUCUGUGAUAAUGUCUACUGCUAUAAAAGAGAAUCCAUAUUCCAAAUAGGGCAUUUUAGUGAAUCUAUCAGUUAAUGAAGAAUGAAAAUAAAUAUUAGGAAGGAUAACAGCAUAUUUCACUAUGUAUUAUACUUGACUUUUACCUUAGUUGACAUAAUUAAAUAUGUAAAAUUGAUUAAAGGUUAAUAAAUAAAUGUUUGUGUUGUA